CGAGGACAGAGGCUUUCUCCAGCCACUGAUCUUCGCCCCUCAUCGCCGUUGCUGUUCUCACAGCAUUGAACAUCUGACACCAUGACCAAAACGGAUUUGUUUAUCGCCGUUCUUCUGAUGGUAUCAACGCUGCACUUGGCUGAAGCAACACGGUCCUUGGGGAUCUUAACUCGUGUUACAAAGAACACGGCAACAGAUGUAGAAAGCUGCUCUCUGAAUCUAAUUGUCCGCAACCUAGCUCAGGGAAGCAUGGACUUCCGGCUGUUAAACCAGGAUCAGAUUCGUUCUGGACAAGGGGCUGUUGCACAUGCACACACAGGGCAGGAAAUCGCCAUGGGUCCUAUAGAUGUGAGUACUAGGUCGCCGAGGGUGGUCCUGGCGGUGACAGUGAAGACAGAUACGAUGCGGCGUCCGAUGCGGAAGUUGUUGGAGAUCGACUUAUUGAAUCACUUCAAGCACGGGAACCUGAAGAGCUUGAAGCAGCUGGUGCUCACAGCGGUGGAAAGCUGGAGAUUGAAGUCUGGCAAGUAUCUAGUUAUCCAAAAUGGAAAUGGGAAGGUGCUGCUUUCGUUCAAAAUCUAGGACAGGAACUCAACGUUGAGAAUCUCUCCCGCUGUUUAGCUCAGCUUCUGCGAUCGGUUUGAUACAAACACGGAAUUGCGCCGGCAAUCGGGUGACUCACGCACUCUGCAUUGUUGAAAAAUUGAACUAGUCAACUUUUCCCUUAAAAGCUGUCUCAGCGGACGACGACUAACGACGCCGCAUGCUUGCUCCGAAGUCAAGCUACUUAGCUUCUAGAUCAUCGACAAACUACCACAUUUCUUCACAAGUGAUCUGUAUAUUAGAAUCUAUACCUCACCUGUAUUGCAAAUUGACAACAUGAGCAUUCAUUAAUGCCGAUUUCUACCA